AUGCCACCUGCACCUUCCAACAAGUUUGUUCGCUUGUCCAAGGACGACGGAUGGAACGCUCGCAAGCGCUCCGUCUCUCCUGCAAACCUCGCACGCGCUUCCUCGUCGUCUUCAAGGCGACUGGUCGCAACUUCGUCGCUCACCCUGAGCCCAGAGUCCGAGUGCGAGCAGCCCUUUGUGCCGCAGCGCUCUGACGAUGGCCUCUACUACGAGACCGAGUACCGUGACGAGAUCAUCAAGUGGAUGCUCGAGAUGGAGACCCAGACCCAGCCUUCCACCGACUUGAUCGACCAGCAGCCCGAGAUUGAGUGGCACAUGCGCCCCUUCCUCAUCGACUUCAUCGUCGAGAUGCACGAGCAGUGGCGUCUCCGCCCCGAGGUGCUCUACCUGGCCGUCAACAUUGUCGACCGCUACUGCUCGCGCCGUGUCGUCUACCGCCGGCAUUACCAGCUCAUUGGUUGCGCCGCUCUCCUCAUCGCUUCCAAGUUUGAAGACUCGAAGGACCGCGUGCCACCUAUCCGGGAACUGUUCGACGUCUGCUGCGAGUCUUACGAGCCCUCGUCGUUUGUGCAGAUGGAGUCGCACAUGCUCAACACCAUCCACUGGGUGCUCGGCCACCCGACCACCGAGGCCUGGCUUCGCUACUUUGUCAAGUCGCCCAGCGUCACACAGAGCGAGGACGCCCGCGUCCAGAACACUGCCCGGUUCAUCAUGGAGCUCUCCCUCUUCCACCGCCAGUUUGUCGACGCUCGUCCAUCGGUCGUGGCAUGGGGUGCCCUCUCGCUCGCCCGCUUCAUCUGCGGCAAGCGACGUCGCCCCGCACCCGAGUGGUUCACUGCUACCGACCUCCAGCUCGCGGCCGACGUCACAAAUCAGUUUGACGACAUGUUCCACGACCGCCUCGACCGCGUGUCCGAGAUCAUCAUCCGCAAGUACUCGAUCCCCCACUACCAGCGCGCCUCGACCAUUGUCCGCGAAUUCUACCUCUCGGGCCGUCGGUUCAAGGUCUACCCCGAGCUCCCCCUCACGCCCUUCACCCCCGUGCCCUCGACCCCGGGUCUCACAUCGUCGUCGUGGUCCUCGAGGCGCAUGGCCGCCGUUAGCCCCGGCAGCACUGUCAGCUGCGCGUCGUCGGAUGCCGGUGACGAGCCCAUGACCCCCAUCUCAUCGCAGCUGGGUGUCGUCGGUGUGGUCGCCGCCGUCCCGGCCAUUGACUAUGUCUCCGCAAAGGAGAACAUGCCACCAGCCGGCGAGGAGCGCCUUGCCAAGAGGUCAAUGCCACCACCGGCUGUCCCUUCGCGUCCCGCACUCCACACCAUCCACUCGUCAUCGUACAUGACCGCAUCGCUCGGCGUCCCCACCAACCGCAGCAUCCGCCGUCUCAGCAAUUGA